AUGAGAAACAGAUAUUAAAUCAAAUAAAUUUUAAAUGUUUUUCAAGCUAAAGUUUAUUUGACAUCACAUAUUAAGUAUAAUAAAAUAAUAUUAAAACUAAUUAGAUGUUAAUUACUUAUGAAUAAAAUUCAAAGAUAUACAUCAAUCAAAAUCAACACUAAGACCUAUAAAGUAGAGUUUACUUUUAGUAAUUAUAGCUAUCAAAAUAUGUAAUUUAAAUGA